CGUCCUGUCCUGCCUCUGGCUGGCCAAGAGAAACGCUGCGGGGCGAAGGGAAACGAAGGGGUUAAGGCGAUGAGCUUGAGAAAGCCCAGAAGCCAGAGAAGCGACCACCCCACGGCGAGCGGCCGGGCUCAGCAAACCCCUCCCCUCCGCCACCGGGGCGGCAGCCGCGCGCUCCCGCCCCCUGCCCCUCGCUUACAAGACCUAAUGAGCUCCCCCGCGAGGCGGAGCCGCGGGCCCGGCCGGCGUGCGGAGGCUGCGACGCGCGCGCCCCUCCCGGGCUGGGUUGCGGGCGGGAGCCGGCCGGCCGCGCAGGGGCCGCGCUGCAGGCCGCCGGGGAGUCGCGGCGAUGGCGGUGCAGGCGGCGCUCCUCAGCACGCACGCCUUCGUCCCCUUCGGCUUCGGGGGCUCCCCGGACGGGCUGGGGGGCGCCUUCGGAGCCCUGGACAAGGGCUGCUGUUUCGAAGACGAUGAGACCGGGACACCGGCGGGCGCGCUGCUGGCGGGCGCCGACGGCGGGGACGUGCGCGAGGCCACCCGCGACCUGCUGAGCUUCAUCGACUCGGCGUCCAGUAACAUCAAGCUGGCCCUGGACAAGCCGGGCAAGUCGAAGCGGAAGGUGAACCACCGCAAGUACUUGCAGAAGCAGAUCAAGCGCUGCAGCGGCCUCAUGGGCGCCGUGUCCCCGGGCCCGCCCUCCCCGGGCGCCGCCGACACGCCCGCCAAGCGGCCGCCCGCCGCCGCCGGCGGCGCCCAGACGGUCGCGGCCCCAGCCCACGGCAAGGCCGCCCCUCGGCGGGAGGCGUCGCAGGCGGCGGCGGCCGCCAGCCUGCAGAGCCGGAGCCUGGCCGCGCUCUUCGACUCGCUGCGCCACGUUCCCGGGGCCGCCCAGCCGGCCGGGGGUGCGGCGGCGGUAGCCGCGGCCGGGCCCGGAGGGGCGGGCGCUGGGGCGGGAGGGGACGCGGCCGCUCCCGCGGCGGGUGCGGCGGCCCCCAGCUCCAGGAAAGUCCCGCUGCGGGCCCGCAACCUGCCCCCGUCCUUCUUCACCGAGCCUUCCCGGGCGGGCGGCGGCGGCGGCUGCAGCCCGUCGGGGCCCGGCCUGAGCCUGGGCGAGCUGGAGAAGGGCGCGGAGGCCGUGGAGUUCUUCGAGCUGCUGGGGCCCGACUACGACGCCGGCGCCGAGGCGGGAGUCCUGCUCGCCGCGGAGCCUCUCGAUGUGUUCCCCACCGGCGCCGCCGUCCUGCGGGGACCCCCGGAGCUGGAGCCCGGUCUCUUUGAGCCGCCGCCCGCGAUGGUGGGGAGCCCACUGUACCCCGAGCCCUGGAGCGCCCCGGCCUGCCCCCCGACCAAGAAGCCGUCCCUGGCUGCGCCUCGCGGCGGCUUGACCUUGAACGAGUCCUUGCGCGCCCUGUACCCCGCCGCCGCGGACUCUCCAGGUGGGGAGGACGGGCCUGGCCUUUUGGCCUCCUUCGCCCCCUUCUUCUCGGACUGCGCCCUACCCCCGCCGCCGCCGCACCAGGUGUCCUAUGACUACAGCGCGGGCUACAGCCGCACGCCUUUCCCCGGCCUGUGGAGACCCGACGGGCUUUGGGAAGGGGGCCCCGGGGAGGAGGGCGCGCCCCGAGACUGACUGCCAGCUCCCCUUCCCUCACGGCGGUGCUGAGGGCAGCGCCCGCACCGGCUCUCCCCCAACUAAGCCCAAAAACGAUGGGAAAGUGCGCAUGGAGCUGAAACGGGAGUUCUAAAACAAAUCAAUUAAUAAAAGAAACUUAAAAAACAGAGACGAGGAAGAGUUGGGGGUCGUUUUACUCACAGCCUCAAGUGUCAAAAACAGACAGCAAACCCCUGACAUGUUCCUAUCAGACCAAAUGAGCCGAGAAACAGAGACGGGCUUUGGAGAGUUGGGGUGGGGAUGGAGCGACGGGAAAGAGGUGGCUUCUUUGCCACCUGUCCCUUCUCCAACUUUUCAGCAAAAGGUCAGUGUGUUUAGCAUAAUUGCCCCUUCCAAACAGUGCCCUGGUCCCUCCCCUCCCUUCCCUGCCCUCUGAGUGCAUUGUGAAUUAAAGCCUGUAUUGAAAAUAA